AUGGACUCAUUCACCCCUCAAGAUUUCCAGGAAUGGGUAGACAGGCGCCAAAGCAGUGUAUCUACCUCCACGGUGUCGUCUGCGUCCACCAGCAUUCUGUUCCCGAGUCCUGCGACCUCUCCGGGGUCCAGCUCGAGGAAGCAAUCCUGGCAAUUUUACGAUGAUGUCGUCCGGCUCGUACUGACUCCUUCUGUGCAAAUUUCGUUUGUGAAAAAUGGGCAAUUGUUCAAGUUGAAAUACACCUUCAUCGAUGUUUGUAAAGACUCAACGGGCGCGUUAAAAUGCUUGGAGCUUGGAGGCGGACUUGGCCAGCAAACACCUUUUGUUCACGCGUUCUCAAAUACAAAGCUCCCAGUGCCGCAUCUGGAGCAUCCCAAAUCAGGCGACGAUUACCCUCUAAGGGUAUCUUUCAUGGACCAACAAACCGUCCAAACCGCACACACAGUGUUUAUGACGCAAUUAUCAUAUAAAUUUGAGAACUGGGAUGAUUGUGUCCGAUUUCAAGAAUUAUUACUUUGCUCGAAAUUGGUCUUUAUCGGUGGUAUGGCCGAGGCCAAAUCAAAAGGUCGGGGAGAAGAGUGCAUUAGCCAAAACCUCCGGAUCUUGCGCGGCCAUAACGGCAAACGGGUGAUUCUUUACUUUGCUAAUUCGCAGCGGAGGGAACUCAAACGAUAUGUUUCCAUCCCACUUAACUGCAUCGGGGGUAUCAAACCGCCAAAGAAGCCUGGGCGGCCAGCCACACUGGAUCUAAAUCCGAACUUCGAAAUCCUGUCUCAGAUGAGGAAUUUUACGAUUCAGUUUCUUGACGAUGAUGACUGCAAAGAAUUCUGUCGGAUGUUGUCAUACGAUCUGACAAUUGGAUAA